CCCAAGCCCAACCCCAGCACACCCCACCCAAGAAAUAAAGAUUACUCCUGCCAAAGUUCGUUCAGUAGUCCUGAAUUCCAUCGCUUUCUGCAGUCGGCGUCUCCCUCAAUCUCUAGAGAAGAAGACAGGCAGGCAGAUAGAGAUGGGCAGUGGAUUUGGAUAUGCGUACCGUCAUACGUGUCGGAUGGAUGAUGAGAUAAUGGCACGAUAUGUACCCCUUCAAAAUACAAAGGGGAGUGGUUUCAAAGUGUUUUUCUUUGAGUUCAGAACCAAGUUCAUGGUGGAAGAAGAACAAGGUAAGCGUACUGUUGUGGGUUCAGAGAGAUUCCAUGAACGGUGCGUAAAAGAUGAGGGUGCAUGUAUUGUGGCGAGGCGCAGGCUGUGGGAGGACUAUUGGAUGGUGUUAGAUGAGACAGGCAGUUUGUGUUGUGAUGCUUUUGAUUAUGCAAGAAAGAGUGAGAUAGAAAAUCCUGAUCGAGAUGUUAUCCCAGUUGUGGUGGAGAUUGAGGUUUGCACUGUGCAGCAGGCGGGUGAGCCGAUUAGUGCCACCUUUGAAAGGGCAAUCCAGCCCGACCGCUUGCGCCCGGUUUACUUGAACACACUGGGGGUGCGUCCGCCCUAUCCGGUGAGCCCAAUGCUUGAAAGCCACUUGCGCCUACUACCCAGGAUUAGAGUGGAAAGCGUGGAGCAGGGGAGGGCUCUGAUGGAUGCGUGCCAGAUUUGCUCUCGCAAGCCUACCAUUGGGGAUGUCAUAACCCAUCUCAGAUGUCAGCAUGCUUUUCAUUCACACUGUGCUGUGAAAUGGCUGGUGCAUAGCAAUCUGUGUCCCUCUUGCCAUUCGCAAGAACACAGCUUUGUUAAACCCAAAAUCAAAGCUCCAGUCCCUGUCCCCCCGGCUUGAACUGUUUUCGGUUUGAUCAGCUUCCUAUUUAUUAUUAUGAUCAUAUUAUGUGUACUGAUGACUGGUAUUUAUCCUCAAAUUAAUCCCUCUGCGGUAGUUUAUUCAUGCAUAUGCUUAGACAAGUCAAAUCUUGAUGAUGGGCACAACCAACUUUUGAAUUAUUAUGAAUUGCGAAUGAUAAACGACUUGGUAUUCU